AUGGGGAACAUCUGCGGCGGCGCGGGGAAGGCCAUGUCCGUCCGUCAGUCAUUCAGUCCUCUGUCGAAUGGGACAUCCAACUACAAGACGAGCGGCAGCGUCACCACGAGCAACAGCACCACGGGGAAGCUCUCCUCGGGGGGCAGCAGCACCUUCAUGGCCUCCGCGGGCAGCGGGGGCACCAGCGGGGGCUUCGACGAGGCCGCGGCGGGCUUCCUCGAGGGCCAGAUCCUGGAGGCGCCCAACCUCCGCACCUUCACCUUCCUCGAGCUCAAGACGGCCACCAAGAACUUCAGGCCCGACAGCGUCCUCGGGGAGGGGGGGUUCGGGAGGGUCUACAAGGGGUGGGUGGACGAGAAGACGAUGAACCCCACCAAGAGCGGCACCGGCAUGGUCGUCGCGGUCAAGAAGCUCAACUCGGAGAGCAUGCAGGGGUACGAGGAAUGGCAGUCAGAGAUAAACUUUUUGGGAAGGCUCUCGCACCCAAACCUUGUCAAGCUGUUGGGGUACUGCUGGGAGGACAAGGAACUGUUGCUUGUCUACGAGUUCAUGGCCAAGGGGAGCUUGGAAAACCAUCUUUUCAGAAAAGGAUGUGCUCCGCUGUCAUGGGAACUGAGGCUGAAGAUAGCCAUUGGCGCAGCUAGAGGACUUGCAUUCUUGCAUGCAUCAGAGAAGCAAGUUAUCUACAGGGACUUCAAGGCUUCCAAUAUUCUUCUAGAUGCAAGUUAUAAUGCGAAGCUCUCUGACUUUGGGCUUGCUAAGCUUGGACCAACGGGUAGCAACUCUCAUAUCACGACCAGGGUGAUGGGCACCUACGGAUAUGCGGCCCCGGAAUACGUAGCCACCGGCCAUUUGUAUGUCAAGAGUGACGUUUACGGUUUCGGAGUUGUGAUGCUGGAGAUGCUGUCUGGUAAGCGAGCGCUGGACCCCAACCGUCCGAAUGGGCAACAGAGCCUGGUUGACUGGGCGAAGCCCUACUUGGCUGACCGGAGAAAGCUCGCCCGUCUCAUGGACCCUCAGUUUGAGGGUCAGUACAACUCCAAACAGUCCCACCAGGCGGCGCAGCUGACACUGAACUGCCUUGCCGGUGAGCCCAGGAGCAGGCCAUCGAUGAAGGAGGUCCUGGAGACGCUCGAGCAGAUCGAGGCACUGAAGAGCCGGACAAGGGAGGCAAGAGGAGGGAGCGGGACGUCAUCCAGGGACCGUGCCCACGGACGCUCUGCUGCAGUGCACCAGCGGUCAUCGCCACGGGCCAAUGGUGAUGGUCGCCGUGGUUCGAGGGCCACCAACGGCCACGCCACGAAGGCACGAUGA